AUGUACGAACGUGCGGGCUUGACUCGAUACGAUCCAUUAACCGGGUCGACUUGUUUUCUCCCAGUGCACUGGGAUUACGCGUCCGCACAGCGUCGAGGAUUCAGUCUGCCAUUGUUAAACACUUCAGGCAUGGCAAUGGCAGUUCAACCGGAAUCGAAACUCGAACCGGCUUACAUCUACACGUUUGCUGGAUUUUCUUUGUGGGAACGUUUUCACACAAACGCUCUAAUUCGCUACCGACUGCCUCGUUCCAAUCAAAACAUCCUGUCGACCACGCAAUCCGAUCCCCAUGCAAUGUGCUGUCACGCCGAAGUAGUCGGUGGUCAUGGUUUGCUCAGUUUUUUGCUCUCCCUACCCCCACGCACUCUGAUCACCGAAGCGUUCUGUUUGACUGCUUUACGUGCUGUUCAGCGUCGCUGGAAUCGAGUGCUCAUGUGGCGAGCGAAUCACGCGAACGCUCAGCUUCAUUGUGAACCUUCACCUCGUGACAAAUUGUGCAUGGAAUACUGGCGCGGACGGUUGUUCGCGUUCGGCGGUUACGGGCCCCGGUUCUCGCCUCAUGCCCACUGGCCUUCCCGUUGGAUUCGUUGGCCAUUCUUGUAUGAUCCGACGAGCACUCGUGAAUGGUUCCCCUGUGAAUUAGAUCGGGGCUGGAAUAGUCAGUUGCUUGUGUUCGAUGUGCACCAGAGAUCGUGGUCUGUGAUAAGUCGCUCGGAAAUGCGCGGAGCACACGCACCGAAUGCCCGUGCUGCUCAUCAGUCUGCUUUGGAUGAGCCGAGAGGUUGGAUGUUGAUUUUUGGCGGUCGGGGGCCACCGGUACAGUCCGGAUCGAAUGAUCCGAAUCGAGCUGAAUUCCGCCGAUCCGAGCUGUACGAAUCAGGACGGUUAAAUGACCUGUAUUGUUUGAAUUUGGCCUUAUUAGAGUGGACCCGUAUUCUCACCCCGUUAGAUAAACCACAACUCAAUCUAGAACCGACAGGACCGUUUUUGUGGCCAUCCGGCCGAUCGUGGAUGGGGUUCGAUCUUGCGUCUCUCGAGAAGGAUUACUCUUCGUUUCCCCAGCGCUGUUUGAUGAAACCUUCAACCUUGACCACAGACAGUUGCCAGCCCUUAUGCAAUCUGUGUGUGGUUGGCGGAUUUUCCAACGCGAAUCAGGCCUUGUCAGACGCAUGGCUAAUUCGUGUAAGUCGGUGCCCUGCGCAUGGUCUUGAAGCCCAACCAGUCGCCUCCUCUCGGGCUGAACCAUCUGCAGAAGAACAACCUAUCCCCGUAUACGCAGCUCAUCGGCCCCGUGUCACCCUUGUAAACGGAUUUCGAUGCGUUGCACCAGACAUCCAUGCGAAAUUAGAUUCCCUGUUGACAGUACAUCGGAAUGGUUCGCAUUAUAGUAUUAGUGAAUCUAGUCAUCAUCCGCUGCUCCCAUCCGAUCCGUUUGUGGAAGAGGAUUUGACCUACCAUAUGCAAAUCUACGCCAAAGCCACAUUCGAUCCGAAACAGGGUGUGCGUCAUUCGACCAACCAGGUUAAACCGAACAAACCGUUCUAUCAGAUUGCUAAACUGCACACAGAUUUCAUCCUGUUCCUUAUCACUCAGCUCAUGCUGUAUCAGCCUUGUAUUCCGACCGAUGGCGGAAAACUCACUAAGGCAGACUACGCUCGUCUGGCGGCGGAGCUCACCGGGGAUUGUACUAGUCUGCUCCUGACCCUACGGCCUUCGAUCCAGAUAGUAUCGCUACUACUCUGUAUUCUCGCAAAGUUCAUGCUGCCUUGGGAAUCACUGUGCAUGUUACUUCGAGAGACCGACGCGUGGCUUCCCCGAUCAGCCCAGACGAAGUUACUGGAUCAACUUAGCUCGUUCCAUGCCGGGCAGUCAGCCACGACGUUUCAUUUAAUUCUUUCAAAUCAAGAAAUUUUGGACAAAUUUGCAUUUCUUCUGCCAUUGGAAAAAGUUCGAAUUCCUGCCCCCUACCGUGCGAAUUCGUUAAAUUCAAACGAUCAGCUCUCAUAUCACAUUCGACAUACCAUCCCGUCAACGUUUCUCUGGUACUCAGCGAGUCCAUUGAAACGCACAGUAGAUGAUCCAUUUCCAUCCAUACCGAUUCCAGAGACCGAAGUGUUCGAACCUCUGGCCCCAGUUGCCCGAUUCUGGCACUCAGUAACUCACCACCGACUCGAUGGGAUGUUCUACGUGAUUGGUGGAGCAACCACAGAAGCAAUGCAACGUCCAGUCGAAUUCUACGACUUGCUCGAGCCGCGUUCUUUGUUUGACUUGUGUCUAAAACGUGCCGCCACAUUGGUACUACAAGCUUGUCAUACACGAUCACCUGAUCUGAUGGGAACUGUGUCCGUUCCACAUGUGUGUCUCUGUCCUCAGGAACCCAUGUGCUCUCUCUGCGGGUACCUGGAAGCACAUCUGACUGGUCCCGUCCAGCGUCGUCUUAUUGAGUGGCUAAUGUAA